AUGACCGCAAGACUCAGAAAACUAGAAGAGCAUCUCACCAUGGCUAGCGAAGCUGAUAUCCAUCUUUACACCACCGGGACACCCAAUGGUAUCAAGGUGUCCAUCCUCCUUGAGGAGCUUGGCCUGUCGUACAAGACGACCGCCAUUGAUUUGUCCAAGAACACACAGAAGGAAGAUUGGUUCCUUGAGAUCAACCCGAACGGCAGAAUCCCGGCCAUCACGGACAAGCUCGGCGACAAGACCAUCCGGCUGUUCGAGAGCGGUUCGAUUCUGCUGUACCUCGUCGACAGGUACGACAAGGACCACAAGCUCUCGUACCCUCACGGCACCGAGGAGUAUUAUGAAACCAACAACUGGCUCUUCUUCCAAAAUGCCGGCCUAGGUCCGAUGCAGGGCCAAGCAAAUCACUUCACACGAUAUGCACCCGAGAAGAUUCCGUACGGCAUUUCUCGAUACCAGAACGAGACGCGACGGCUGUACCGCGUCCUAGACACCGAACUCGCCAAGAGCAAGUCCGGGUUCAUUGUUGGUGACCGCUUAACAAUUGCAGACAUCUCCUCAUGGGGAUGGGUUGCUGGGGCCAAAUGGUCCGGUGUGGACAUUGACGAGUUCCCCCAUCUUAAGGCCUGGGUCUACAAACUGCUAGAGCGGCCCGGGUUCGAGAAGGGCCGUCAUGUUCCUACUGAGCAUAAGGCCUUCAAGAUGGCUGAGUUACCCGAGGAGGAGUUGGAGAAGCUGGCAGCUGGGCCAAGAGCCUGGGUGCAGCAAGGCAUGAAGGACGAUGCUAAAAAAUGA